AUGUUCUUUCCUACUAAAGCAGUUAUUUUCUCCCUUUUAAUAUGCAUACACUGUCGUGAGUCAUCGAACAUUAGUGUAACUUUCCAUAAUGAAAGCAACAUAAACAAUUCAUUAAAUAAGAAACGUGCUAGAUUAUUGCAUGAAAGAGCAAUUGUCGAAAGACAAAGACAACAAAGAUAUGUGGAUUUACAAAGAAGGGUAGAAACUUUAUUAAAUGAAGAUAAUAUUGACUUUGCAAAAAGGUUAAAAGCCUCAUCUCUAGAUGAUCAUUUCGUAAGGCACUUUAAUGCAAUAUUACAAAAUGGCCUCUUCGAAAGAAGAAACAGCGUAAUAAUAAAUAACAAAAACUUUCAAAAAUUUUUCAAUGCAUCGCUGCAUAAACGUAAAAAAACGUCCUUUAAUACAUUGAAUGAUUACGAUAACAAUGAUCAAGGCAACAUGGAUCCAUUCAAAUAUUAUAGUAAUUUGGAGGAAUAUUUUGAUGACUUAAAAAGUAUACAAUAUAAUAAAACAAAAUUAAUUGAGGAAUUAAAGCGUAAUAUGUAUCGCAAUGAAAAAUUCAGUAAUACCUUUAGAUAUCCUAAUCCUUACGAAGAAAAACCGUGUGGUGAGUUAGGGCUUGAUGUGCACUUAAAAUUGCGGAAGCACGAACAUUUAAAGGGCCCGCGUAAAUAUAAUAUGCAUGAAGGUUUCCUCGAACAUCAAGAUACAUCAAAGCUACCUAGUUUUAUAAAUAAUGAAAAUGUACAUUCAGAUUUCGAUUUAAUAAUGCGUCGUCUUAGCAAAGGUAAAUCAUUUAUCGAGGGUAAGAUUUUUCCUAAACAUGCAAGUAAAUACAGGAAGAUUUUUAAUUUAAUAAUGGGUUGUAGUGCAUUUGGUGUAAUUGGUUCACUCGCUUUAGGUGCUUUUCUGAUUUCAGCCAUUUUUAUUACAUUAGUCACCCUUUUGGGAUCCGUUUUAAUUCCCGCAUUUUUACUAUAUAUGCCUUUUUUGUUACUUUAA